GCUCACUACAACUAGGUAGUGUUGGGAGCUGCGAGCCAAGAGAGAACCCGUGUGACCCGAGUCAACACGGUAAAUCCGAACCAAAUUGGAGCCAUACAGCAUUGAAAUCGCGAACACUCUCAUCACGGCACAGACCCUGGAUAUGGCUACGUCUAUACUUGGGGAAGAGCCACGGUUUGGAACUACACCUCUAGCUAUGCUGGCUGCAACUUGCAACAAAAUUGGUAACACCAGUCCCCUCACAACUUUACCCGACUCCAGCGCGUUCUCAAAAGGUGGAUUUCAUCCGUGGAAAAGAUCCUCCUCCAGCUGCAACUUGGGAUCCAGCCUGCCCGGUUUCACAGUAGCAACGAGCCGCGCGUCGACAGGACUAACGCCGACCAGUGGCACGGGCAACAGCGCCUUUUGCUUAGCCUCCACCUCUCCGACCUCGUCUGCGUUUUCCACAGAGUACAGCGGUCUGUUUUCCAACUCUGCGAGCGUCGCGACGCAGGAGUCUGGACAGUCGGCUUUUAUCUCCAAAGUCCACACAUCAGCAGAGACUCUGUACCCGCGGGUGGGGAUGGCGCAUCCGUACGAGUCCUGGUACAAGUCGGGGUUCCACUCAACCAUCUCCGGCGACGUUGCAAAUGGGGGGUCCUCGUGGUGGGAUGUCCACACUAAUCCCGGUUCGUGGCUUGAUGUCCAGAAUCCCGCGGGCACCCUCCAGACCUCACUGCACUCCGGGACCCCCCAGGCUAUCCACUCCCAGCUGAGCGGCUACAACCCGGACUUCUCCUCGCUGACCCACUCGGCGUUUAGCUCCACUGGAAUCAGCCCCUCCGCGUCUCAUCUGCUGUCCACCAGUCAGCACCUGUUAACGCAGGACGGGUUCAAAACUGUCAUACCCACUUACACAGACGCUUCUGCCGCCAACGCCAUGAUCUCAGGGGGCAGUUCAGGAAUAAGUAGCUCCACAAGGUCGUCCAGGCGGUACUCCGGCAGAGCAACGUGUGACUGUCCGAACUGUCAGGAGGCUGAGCGGCUGGGACCCGCCGGGGCCAGUCUGCGGAGAAAGGGACUCCACAGCUGCCACAUUCCCGGCUGCGGUAAAGUGUACGGAAAGACAUCUCACCUCAAAGCGCAUUUGAGAUGGCACACCGGCGAGCGGCCUUUUGUCUGCAACUGGCUUUUCUGUGGCAAAAGGUUCACGCGGUCCGACGAGCUCCAGAGACACCUUCGCACUCACACCGGCGAGAAACGGUUCGCGUGUCCGGUGUGCAACAAGCGCUUUAUGCGCAGUGACCAUUUGAGCAAGCACAUCAAAACGCACACGGCGGGCGGAGGAGGCAAAAAGGGCAGCGACAGUGACACCGACACCAGUAACCUGGAGACCCCGAGGUCCGAGUCCCCAGAACUUAUUUUGGAGGGGGUAAACCCCAGAAUCACUGUUAAGGAUCCGUCUCCUCACGACGAGCCUUGAGGCUUCUCCACACCCACCUCUCAAAAAAAAAAAAAAAAUAAAUAAAAAAUAAAUAAAAAAAAUAUCAAAACAGAUUCAAAACUGCACAGCAAUGAAAACGGGUCUUAUCUGACAGACAAUAAAAAGGAGAAAAUAUUUCCAGAAGCGAUUGCAAGAUCUUAAAAUAUAUAUAAAUAUAUAUAUAUUCUCCACGGGCGAGUAUCUCAUUCGUAAAUUCAUCAAAAGAAAACCAGAGUGAUUUACUGUAGGCCUCCGGAAAUUUUUAGGGACAACUUGAAAAUGAAACGUCUGCGAGGAGUGCGAGAAAAACCUGUUGAACUUUGGUUGGACAAUGUGAGUUCCAUCUUGUAUAUUGACCACUAAACUAUGUGUUUCUUUUCAUGUAAAUGUUAGGCUAUGAUUGUUUUAUUCGUGUUGGUAUCCUGGAGAUCAGGGAGUUUACUUUCGACGCACUUUGUGGAUAUGUAUGUACACAGCUUUUUAAACUUCGGUUAAACCAUUUUAUUUCUUUGCUAAAAAAAUAUCUAUAUAUAAAUGUUUACCUGUAUAAAGUCACACGUAUAAGACUUUCAUUUUAUCGUAAUUAAAACAUCUGAAAAAAGGCUGGAACUGUGUGAUGUAGAUUUUAUAUAUAUAUAUUUUUAUUUAUUACUCGCUUGAUUUUAAAAUGGAAAUAUACAUUUUAUUUUUAAUUUAGAAAUGUAUUUUAAGUAGAGUGUGUUUUUUUUUCUUUCUUUUUUCUUUUUAAAAUUCGCCUACAACACCUUUCACUAUUUCCCCUAUGGAAUAAAUCAAUGUUUAAUGCCACGGAAAAGACAUUUCAUGCCCAAAUGAAAAUCUUGUUAAAUGGUAUUAAUUAUGACUUGGAGCACAUCGCAGCCCCCAUGUGUCUUGUAUUUGCGAUUAGGGAUUCGUGUCUUAUCAAAUAUCUAAUUAAUCUCCGAGACAUCUUUUGUUCAGUUUCACUUUAUCGGGGGGUUUCCAAGGGGGUUCGCUGACAAAAGGUCCCCGAAUAUUUAUUCUAAUUGUCCAAAUUAACUGCUUUCAUUUGCAUACCAAUCGAUGGGCCGAGAAUAAGGAUGUGGCUUCUGUCUCUUUGCCAGAAACCACAUCGACGUUAUGGGAACAGUUUUUUAAACUUUAGAAAGAAAAGGGGAAGGAGGAAAGAAAAAAAAAUAAGAAGAGGGGGCAAAGAGUCACAUGCAAAUGCUGAAUUUUAAACGCUCUUUGCGCAGCGCAGUCAAAUGGUGCCUGCGUGUUAUUUGAAUAUCAGUGGCCCCGCACUGAAAGGGUUCAAGGAUGCUCUCUGACUUCUUUGUGCUUACCCAGUGCAGCGUCCGACUCUCAAAGAAAAAGCCGGGGAAUAAUUACAGCGUGAAUCCAGGACUGGGAAUACGUCAUGGAAAAGCAUCUCAUCCAGACACCCUCCUCUUUUUUUUUUCUUUUUUUAUUUUGAAGAGGAUGUUAAAUUGACCAGAAGGCAAUACAGGGAAAUUAUUUUCAUUUCCUUUUGUGUAACAUCGGCUUCGAGUAAAACGGACAGAAAGUGAAAACUAUCAAAUUAGAUUUCCAAUUUGAAUUUAACUCGAAAUAUAAAAAAGCUAAAGUGGCAGCAAACAUCAGAUAAAAAAUAUAUAUAUGUCGAAACCUAAUACAAUAAUGAUUCUACAUUUUCAAAUAAAAUAAAUUAUUCUUAAGCUAAAAUCUAACAUAUUUAAUUCAAGUUAAAGUGAAAAACUAUUUAAGUGUCUUAAUUUAUAUUUAUUUUAUUUCCACCAAAUCUUAUAAUAAAAUAUAAAAUACGGACUUGAUUGAAUAAAAAUAAAUAUUAUAUCUUCAUUAUUAAUGAUAAUGCAACGUUAUUUCCUCUCCACCGCUUGUUUGUCUUUUCCUUUCCUGGACUGUAAUUACGCGCUUGGACAGAAAUCAUGUUAUUUUUCUUGUUUGAUUUUGGAAACGCGCAAAAAAAAAGACGGCUGCAAAAACCCAAGUCUUUCACAAAUUUAGAGGGGACGCACAUUAUUUUAUUGACGGGAAUCGACUUGGAAAAAAAAUAUAUGGACAAUGAUUUACAAUUUGAAAAAUAAAAUAAAAAUAGGAGGUGACCACCAUCACACCUUUAAGAAAAAAAUGGGAAUAAAUUUAUGUCUUAAGAUGCUCACAUUCAUUUCUAAAAUGCAAAAAUGAAAACAAAUCAAUAAAAAAAAAUAAUAAUUGGGAAGCUGCAAAUUUUAAUUUAAAAGCUCUACAUUUUUUAAGGAUCAGUUUUAGCAACGCAUCUAAUCUUACAAUUUUUUUUUCAAAAAUACCAAAUCAAGAAAGUAAGCUGGAUACUUCUUUUGUUUCUUCUUUGAAAAAUAAUAAAAUAAAAAAUAAUAAUUGAACUGCAAAAACUUAAAAAAUAAAAAUGAAAAAGCAGCAUCAGAACUUGUCCUUCUUGUGGGCAUCUGACUGUGAAAACGAGUCCAACAUUUUCCCAUCAGCGGAUGAGCUGCAAAUUGCUUCCAAUGGUAAUCAAUUAAUUUAGAACCAUUCAUUCAGCACAGAGCAGCUCCAGAAACCACUGAGCUGCAUUUCCAUAUUCUCUGUCGACUGCUUCCCUCUACUGGAGGAAAAGGAGAUCCGCGCAUAUUUACAUCUUUAAAUAAGGGGACUCAACAGGAUUUCUAAAGACACUAAACAGUCACUGAAGGAAACAUGCACAACACUUUUAUAUUUUGCUCAGUGUUACGAAAA